AUGCCAACCGACGACUUCGUUUCUCGUUCCCACAUUCUCCACCGUCCCUUCGCCGCUCGGCCCCUAAACAUCGUACGAGGCGACGGAAUCAGACUCGUCCUCGAAAACGGUCGGAGCAUCAUCGACGCAAGCUGCGGCCCAUCGGUCUCAUGUAUCGGUCACACCCAACCCGAGAUAACAGAGGCUAUCACCGCCCAUCUCCACAACAACAUUGCCUAUGUCUACUCAGGCUCUCCCCACGCCAACAGCGCGACAGAGGAACUAGCCAGAACACUCCUUGCCGAUAAGCCAGGUGGACUGUGCAAAGUAAUCUUCGUGAACUCUGGUAGCGAGGCAACGGAUGCAGCGCUGAAACUGGCCGUGCAGUAUUGGAACGAGAAGGGGCAGCCCCAGCGGACUAGGUUUAUUGCCCGGAAGCAGAGCUACCACGGGAAUACGAUUGGUGCGCUUUGUGUGUCGGGGCAUGAAUCCCGGAGGGCUUUUUAUCAAGAUUUUAUGUCGUCGAAUGUGUCGUUUGUUGAUCCUUGCUAUGCGUACCGGAUGAAGGGUGACCAGGAGACGGAUGAGGAGUUUGUGGCUCGCUUGGCGCGACAGUUUGAAGAUGAGAUACUGCGUUUAGGUCCUGAGAAUGUUGCUGGGUUUGUUGCGGAGACGGUUAGCGGGCCUACGCUAGGAUGCGCGCCUGUUGUGCCAGGGUAUUUCAGAGCUGUUCGGGACAUUUGUGAUCGAUCAUGUGUGGAAUGGGGCAAAACAGGCACCAUGCAUGCAUGGGAGCAGGAAGGAAUUCGUAGCCCAGAUAUCCAGACAAUCGGCAAAGCCCUAGGUGCGGGCUUCGUACCUCUUUCUGGUGUACUGCUAUACGAAAAGAUCUUCGACGCGUUGUCUGCUGCUGGAUCCGGUGGCUUGGCGCAUGGCCAUACCUUUCAGGCUCACCCACUUGCUUGUGCUGCUGCCCUCGCGGCUCAGAAGAUAAUCAAACGGGACAAUCUGAUUGAGCGAGUAGGAUCCCAUGGGAAGUAA